AUGAUCCGCUGGCUCGCUGCACCGCUGUCACCCCACACGCGCCACCCGUGCGGCGGCAUGACCGCCUGGCAGGCCAAGGGACAGAGGGCGAAGGGCGAAGGGACACAGGCGAAGGACCCAGACCAAAGGCGAAGGACAGAGAGGAAGGGCGAAGGACAGAGAGGAAGGGCGAAGGACAGAGAAGAAGGGCGAAGGAGAGAGAGGAAGAAAGAAGGACAGAGAGCAAGGGCGAAUGACAGAGAGCAAGGGCAAAGGGCGGAGAGGAAGGAGUGCCAGGCAGCAUGGGGGCAGAGCAUCUCCGGGUGGAGUGGUGAGAUUCCGGACUGCAGCAGUGCCACGGGCCUCACGUGCGAUCCCUCCGGCAUGAUCGUGAUCAUGUAA